AUGGAGUACAGGAGCGGGCGGCCCACAUAUCGACUAGCCACGAACACCGUUGGAGAGUCUCAUGCAAUGGAGACUGCUGAGCGGCUUGGACUGCCUGCCCCGCUUGUGGCUCGUGCGGUGCAGCUGCUGGGUGAUGAUCAGAGGCAGCUACUGGCGUUGCAGCGCAAGGCCGCCGACGCAGAGAAGGACUUCGAGUCUGCACGAAUGGAUGCCGAGCAAAGAGAGGCUGCAGCAUCCACAGCAAUCAGAGAAGCGGAAACGAAGGCAGCGGAGCUGUCUCGGCGAGAGCAGGAAGUGGCUGAAAUGGAGGCCAAGCUGCAGGCCCGAACCGUGGCUUUGCAGAGGCAGAUGCAAGCCGAGCUGCAGGCCCAGAUUGCCGUGAAGGAGAAGCAGUUUCAGGAUGUUGUCCAACGCCUGAAGCUGGAGACGCAGAAGCUAGGUUCUCGCUUCCGAAUAGUUGGUGAUGUGCUGGAGGAUCUGAAAGUCGAGGUAGAUCAGGAAGCAGAGGCGAAAUACCAAGCUCAAAACCAUCUUCAGCCGGCUGUGCCUGGCGCGAUGGCCGCCCGAGAGAUCUUGAGCCCAGGUGAUUGGGUGGUGGUCCUCGCAAAACCUCCCUGGCAUGGCCUCAAGGGCCAAGUGGAAAGGAUUCAUUUGGCCAACGGUGCUGCUCCUCGUGUUUCGGUCAGACUGGGUGCGAAUGGCAAAGUCAAGGAGUUCCUAAAGACUGAGCUUGGAAGGACAUCAAAGCCUGAAGGGGCACGGAAAAUCCCGAAGCCCAAGGGGGAGGCCGCCGCGCCCACUCGUGAUUACAGUGCGAUGGCCUUCUGA